CUACAACAAAAAUAAGAGAGUGGAAAGAAGAUCACAGAGAUGAAGGUCUGGUUGUUGGCAAUACUUUGCUCGGCCUCCAUACUCGGCAGCCUCGCACAGCAGUGCGGCAGCCAAGCCGGGGGGACGACAUGCCCCAAUGGGCUAUGCUGCAGCCAGUAUGGCUACUGUGGUUCCACCUCGGCGUACUGCAGCACUGGCUGCCAGAGCCAGUGCAGCGGCGGCGGUGGCUCAACUCCCAGCCCAACCCCUAGUGGUGGUGGCUCGGGUGUCGCCUCUCUCAUCAGCUCGUCACUGUUCGACCAAAUGCUCAAGCACCGCAACGAUGCGGCCUGCCAAGCCAAGGGAUUCUACACUUACAACGCCUUCAUUACCGCGGCGAAUUCCUUCGCUGGCUUCGGCACAACCGGGGACGGCACUAUUCGCAAGAGGGAGAUCGCCGCUUUCUUGGCACAGACCUCCCAUGAAACAACUGGUGGGUGGGCAACUGCACCAGAUGGCCCGUAUGCCUGGGGCUACUGUUUUAAACAAGAGCAAGGCAACCCCCCGGCUUACUGUGUCCAAAGCGCACAGUGGCCCUGUGCUGCAGGAAAGAAGUACUACGGCCGAGGACCAAUACAAAUCUCUUACAACUACAACUAUGGACCGGCUGGUAAAGCCAUUGGCCAAGACCUGCUCAACAACCCGGACUUGGUCGCCACCGACCCGGUCGUCUCCUUCAAAACGGCGUUAUGGUUCUGGAUGACCCCACAAUCCCCAAAACCUUCGUCGCAUAAUGUCAUCACCGGGCAAUGGACGCCGUCGGCAGCCGACCGAGCGGCGGGACGUGUUCCGGGAUAUGGGGUCAUCACCAACAUCAUCAACGGUGGGAUUGAGUGCGGCAAGGGGCAGGACAGCAGCGUAGCAGACCGGAUUGGGUUCUACAAGAGAUACUGCGACAUACUGGGAGUGAGCUAUGGAGACAACUUGGACUGCUACAACCAGAGGCCUUUUAAUCAAUAAGUUGCAUAACAAAAGCGUGUAAUAAUAAAGACUUGGCAGUAGCACUAAAUAAAUCAACUGUCUUUGAGAUCUGAAAUACUUGGGACAGCAACAUGGCGGCUGUGCCAUGCAUUAGCAAGUGCGGAGGUCUUAGGGAAUUAAGUUGACGAUAAAACGAAAAGAAUAAAAGAAAGUUUGCUCAAUUGUUCGAGGGGAGUAU